UAAAGGCCAAACCCAGAAAGAUAUAAACUCCUCUGCCUUUUUUCUAGCUUUUUAUUGUUUCCUUGUUGGCUGCAAUUGACAGACCAUACAGCAGCAAUUGUUUCCUUUCAUUUUCUCUCUUCCUAUUGUUCAUUGAUCCUUCCUCCUGACAUGGACGAAAAUUUAAGAAAGGCUACUCGUACAGGAAAGGUUAACGAAUUAUAUAGAGUAAUUCAAAGCAACGGAAAUGUUUUGAGGCAUUUUGAUGAGGUGGAGUUUAUCGAGACUCCAUUACAUAUAGCUGCAGAAGAAGGGCGCAUUGAGUUUGCAAUGGAGAUGAUGAACUUAAAGCCAUCAUUUGCUCGAAAGCUAAACCACCAAGGUUUGAGCCCACUUCACAUUGCUGUUAGAAAAGGGCAUAAAGAGAUGGCACUCCGCUUCUUGGAGAUUGGUAAACAUCUUGUUCGUGUCAGAGGAAAGAAAGGUAAGACUCCAUUGCACUACUUAUGUAAAGUUGGAAACCAGCUUGGUCUGUUGGAUACAUUUCUGGAAGCUUCUCCUGAUUGUAUCCAAGAUGUUACAACUGAGAAUCGCACUGCUUUGCAUAUUGCAAUCCAAAACAAUAGACUAGACGUUCUCCAACUCCUAUUUCGAACGCUUAAGAGGAAAGACUAUUAUUGGGAAGUGGUGAACCGGAAAGACAAAGAUGGCAACACUGCACUUCACAUAGCCGCUAUCCAUAAUCAACCCAAGGUGCUCAAACUACUAUUAAAUUGCAAGGCUGAUAAGCAUGCUACCAAUCAAGUUGGUUUGACCGCACUUGGUGUUGCACAACAACAUAAUAACAGAGAAAACAUUGCUAUUCUGAAAGGCUGCUUUAUUCCAGUAGUUUCAAACUUUAAACGUAAGUUGGAGAAACAAGUUGUCAAGUACGUGACAAAAGCAUCACUACUAAUUUUUCAAAAUAUGGACAAUAUAUCAGCCGAUGACCGCAAUGCCUUGCUAGUCAUUUUAGGACUGCUUCUAACUGCAACCUACCAAGCCACUCUAAGCCCACCUGGUGGUGUUCGGCAAGGUGAAAAUACCUCAAAGUCCAAAGGAUCAUAUGAUGCAACGGUACUAGGGAAAUCAGUCAUGAAUCCAUCGAAUUUUCUUCUCUUCUAUAUUCCAACAUAUCUUGUGUUCCUCGUAACAUUAUUCCUAACACUAGCUCUACUCAAAACUUUUCCCCGUGAUUUUAGGAGUGCACUUCAAGUAUUAUUAGCGUUUCUUGCAGUUUCCUUCGAUGAAUCAAUAUGUGACUUAGCCCCCACCACUUCAACAUACACAAUUCUUAAUAUAUUUUCAGGAAUUCUUUUCCUUUUAAUGGUCUACAUGUGUAUCGUAUGUCGGGUGUCAAAAAUUAGUGUUUCAAUAGUGGGAUGUUGGAUAUUCCCUUCAAUUUUAUAUUUAUGUUUAGGAAGUGAAAUAGAUGUAGGUGCAGGUCAAGGAUUGUUGUUAUUCCUUAUUUUAUAUGAUGAAUUCUGGAAAGGAACCGUGUUAAUUGUAUGCUAUUGUUUAUUUGUACGGGUUGAUGCUUUCUUUGGUGCUAGAAUUGACCUCUAUUACUUUCUAGACAUUGUUACAUUAAUAGGAUGCUGGCUGUUCCUUAGUUUAGCUCGAUUAUGCAUAAUGCGGUGCACUUAAUUUUGUAACACCCGUUUGUAAUAUGUAAAUGUACAUCUCCUUUAUUUUAUUCUAAUAUUAUUGUUUUUCUUUGGGUUUA